CAUAAGAGCUGUAUUAAAACAAGAGAAUCAAAAACUCACCCUGAUACUCAAGUAUUUUAAUAUCAGAUUUUGAGAAUCACAAUAAGACAAUCUAGACUAAUUUGUUUGAAUAUCGUGUAUUACAUAUUAUUGAAUUACAUCUAACAAGUAAAGCAAAGGUUGUUGUUAAAGAACAAGAUCAAAAUAGACAAAAAGUGAAUAAUAAUUCAAAUCAAUUAUGUAAAUCCAGAAGAGAGAUUCUUUGACAUAGGACAAGAAGAUAGAAAUAAACAUCAACCUAUAAACCUCUAAUAAGAAUUCCAACUUUAUCUACAUUUCCUUCAAUCUAUUUCAUUAUAUAGGAUGAUAACUUUCUU